CGUGACGCGUGGCAUCCCUCUGCGCCGUGGUGCGUCAUGACGUUGGCCGAAGCAAUGGACGGCGCAGCUGGGGAUCGAGUGAGACUGGCGGAGAGAGUUUGUGUUUGAUCCAGACGAGGGGUUGCAGUAACGUCGCAGAGAGAGAGAGGUUGGGGUGGUCGCCCGGGAGAGAUGUGUGAGGCGGCGGCGGCGGUUGGCGGCGGCCUGCACGAGCUGGUGACGCGCGCGGCGGCGAGGCACGGCGCGAGGACGGCGGUUUGUGACGAGGGCGCAGGCGCGGUGCGGCGGUGCUGCUCCUACCGCCAACUGCUCUGCCGGGCAGAGGCGCUCCGACAGCGGCUACAGUUGCACUGCCAGUGCACACACGGCCAUGCGAUUGGGAUGUACUGCCAGUGCACACACGGCCAUGCGACUGGGAUGCACUGCCAGUGCACACACGGCCAUGCGACUGGGAUGCACUGCCAAUGCACACGCGGCCAUGCGACUGGGAUGCACUGCCAGUGCACACACGGCCAUGCGACUGGGAUGUACUGCCAGUGCACACACGGCCAUGCGAUUGGGAUGUACUGCCUGCCGUCUGUAAACCUGCCCAGCUGCAUCUUGGGAAUUCUUCAAGCUGGAGCAGCUUUUUGUCCACUUGAUCCAGAAAGUUCCCCUCGUUUAUCAGCCUAUUUUAUUCAAAUGUGCAAAAUGAAGUACAUCCUUAUUCAGAAAGAUAUAAUACAGAAAUUCAUAGACUCGUUGUCAGGCUGGUUGAGCUUUGAUGUUGAGUGUGACAUACCGCAACUGGAUGUAAUACUUGUGAAGAUCCAGUGGCUGAUGACAAAUGUGGAUUCCUUUGCUUCAGAACCCAGAAGCACAGAAAACGUAAUUCACACCAAAGUGGGUGUUUUAAAAGAAGAGAGAUUACAGACUACUGACAAAGAUAAAAUAAAUCAUGCAUCUAAACAUGUGGACUGCCAUGGUUUCUUGGCCUACAUUUUGCAAACUUCAGGUACUACAGGAGUUCCAAAAAUUGUCCGAGUACCUCAUCAGUGCAUUGUUCCCAAUAUACAGCAUCUCAUGUCAAUCUUUGAUGUUUCAUCAGAUGAUGUAAUAUUUAUGGCCUCUCCUCUGACAUUCGACCCCUCAAUUAUUGAAAUAUUUCUGGCCCUGUGCAGUGGAGCUACACUGCUUAUUGUUCCAACAGUUAUUAAAAUGAUGCCAAAGAGACUAGCAAAAGUUCUUUUUAGUCAUCAUAAGGUGUCUAUAAUGCAGGCCACCCCGACAUUAAUUAAAAGUUUUGGAUCCAAAAUUUUGACAUCUGUAGUGCUUUCAAAUAAUUCAUCAUUGCGUGUGUUAGCACUUGGUGGAGAAGCAUUUCCUUCAUUACAUGUACUAAAAGGCUGGCGUGAAAAAGGAAAUAAAACUCAAAUUUUCAACCUUUAUGGGAUUACGGAAGUGUCAUGCUGGGCCACAUACUACAAAAUUCCUGAAGAAACUCUGCAUUGUACUGGACGACAUGAAGGCCAUGUGCCUUUAGGAGUCCCACUUUCAGGAACCAUUUUGAAUGUUAUGGAUGACUCUGGCCAAGUAAUCCAGGAAGGAGAAGGACAAGUUUUUAUAGGUGGUAAGGAACGAGUAUGCUUUCUAAAUGAUGAAAUAACUGUGUCCCCAGGAACUAUGAGAGCUACUGGGGACUGGGUAAUUGUUAAAGAUGGACAAAUGUAUUAUUUAGGUCGUAGAGACAACCAGAUUAAACGUCAUGGGAAACGUGUCAAUCUUGAAAGCAUACAACUGGUAGCUGAAAGCUUGAAGCAAGUGGAGGCCUGUGUAAUGACGAAAUGUGAUCAGGAUAAGUUGAUUCUGUUUGUUGUGCCCUGGGACUUACCUGAACAACAGAAUAAGAGUUCCAUUGAUAUCUGCAGAGGUAUACUCUCUGAUCUUGGAAAGCUGGUCUCUUCACAUGAUAUUCCAGAUGACGUUGUCCAGAUCAGUUCCAUACCAUUUACAGCUCAUGGCAAAAUAGACCAACGCGCUUUGAUUCGGACUUACCAUGAAAAGACAAAGAGCUUAAAUUCAGAUCACAUGUUGACGAAGAAAGAACUUUGGGAAGGUAUUCAUCGACUUUGGAAGGUUGUUCUCCAUCUUCCAGAAGAUCAUGCGGAUGCUUCUGACCAUUGCAUGUUCCUAUACAGUGGAGGGGAUUCAUUAAAAGCUUUAAGGCUUGUAGAAGAAAUAGAGACACUUGUAAAACAAAGGAUAUUUGGACUUAUUGAAGUAAUUUUAAAUAGCCCAGUUCUAGAUAUUUACAAUUAUAUAAACAAUGCAAUAUUUUUUGAAAUUGAGAAGAAGGAAAAACUUGGUGAUAAAAGUAACAGAAGGACAACCCCAAAAAAGAUGAAAGAUAAAAGUGCAGGAUUUUAUUCCAAACAAAUUACCCAGUGGAAAUCAAUAACCAUUAAUGAUAGCAUUGCUACUAUAAGUAGAGGGAGUCAGAUCACAAAACUGCAAGUAAAUUUAAAUUCUGAUAACUCUGCAGAUAAACUUGGUAUACAAGAAGAUAAUGUGCUGACUGAUGGCGAUUCAAAUGGAGAGGAAAAGAAGGAACUUAAUUUUUUUAAUUUGCCUGAAAAUAUGAAAGAAAACAUAUCAUUAACUGAAGAAAAAAUGCCACUCAAGAAUAACUGGUUGGAGUUGUUUGGAAACCAAAUAGUAAAUCCAUUACAUGGUGAUGAGAAAUUCAUCCCAGAUAAUCUCUCAUCUUAUCGUGGAACUAUAUCAUUUAAAGUUAGAUGGAAGUCUGACACUGCCAAAUGUGUGGAUGCAUCUCCUCUCCUGGUGAUAUCGGGGAAUAAUGGCACAGAUGUAACCGUGUACAUUGGAUCUCACUCUCACAGGCUGCAAGCAAUUGAUAUUUUUUCUGGAGAAAUAAAAUGGGAGAGGAUUCUUGGAGAUCGGAUUGAGUCGUCUGCUUGUUUGUCCAGAUGUGGAAACUUUAUUAUCGUGGGUUGCUACGAUGGUUACAUAUAUGUACUGAGAAGAGUAGAUGGGGAAACAUACUGGACUUUUUACACACAGAAUUCAGUGAAAAGUUCUCCUAUUGUAGACCCUGACUUGGGAUUGGUCUUCAUUGGAUCACACGACCAACAUGUCUAUGCUUUGGAUAUUCUUGAUAAAGUCUGUGCCUGGAAAUUGCACUGUGGCGGAGGUGCUGUGUUCUCAACUCCUUAUUUGAACAAAUCGCCAAGGCUGCUUUAUGUGGCAACUCUUGGGGAAUCAUUGAUUGCUGUCAAUCCAGACUCAGGAAGUACAGUCUGGAAACGUUCCUGUGGCAAGCCCUUAUUUUCUUCCCCACAGUGUACUUCUCGGUCUGUGUAUAUAGGUUGUGUUGAUGGGAGCCUGCAUUGCUUUAGUCACAAUGGUGAUCAGCUGUGGCAGUUUGCAACAAGAGGCCCUAUUUUUUCUUCACCAUGCAUCUACCACUUUUCCGCAACAAAACAGAAAAUAAUAUUUGGAUCUUAUGACUCUUUUGUGUACUGCUUGAAUGAAGAUGGAGAUCUUGUGUGGAAGUUUGAAACAAGCAAGCAAGUAUAUGCAGUUCCAUUUCUUUAUCCCAACUCCGAUUUUAAUGGCAGGACAUUGGUUGCUGUGAUGUCCACAGAUGGAAGUUUAUGGAUCCUUGUUGCUGCAACAGGAGAAUUGAUUACUUCAUAUUCCAUUCCAGGUGAAGUCUUUUCUUCACCAGUCAUAUGGGAAAAUAAACUUAUUGUAGGUUGCAGAAAUAACUAUGUGUACUGUGUGGAGAUGUCUACACUAGAAGAAAAAAAGCCCUAGAUGAAAAUGAGUACUGUGGCCAUACUUUUAGAGCCUGACUCACAGAGUUACUCCAGCACUUUGUAUCGUUUUCUGGAUUGGCUGGGACUGUUUUGCCUGGAGCAAAGAGGCCGAGAGGGUGACCUUAUAGAAAUUUAGAAAAUCAUGAGGGGCAAAGAUAUGGUGAAUAGUUAGUCUUUUUUCCAGGAUAGGUGAGUGAAAAACUAGAGGGCAUAGAUGAAAGGGGAAAGACUUAAAGACGAACUGAAGGACAAACUUUUCACACAAGAUGAUGGGAACAUGGAAGUGGAUGCCAGGUUGUGGUACACCCAACACAUUGUUCAAAAUUUGUUUUGAAAAUGACAUUUGGACAGGUUCAUGGAUAGGAAAGGUUUAGAGAGAUAUAUACGGAACACGGGGGAAUGCGACUAUCUCUGGUUAGCAAUGGACAAGUUGGGAAGGACUUGUUACCAUGCUGUAUAACACUGUGACUGUGAGUCUAUUACACGGAUCUGUUGAUUAUAGUAAAGACUCAUUUGGACUUUACAAAGUCUCUUUUUAUGUCACGUAAAAGGUGAAGAAAAACAACAUUUGUUGGUUCACCUUUCCUCAUUACAUAUUAUUAUGCUCAAACAAUCACAACAUAGGGGCAUACAUGAUGAACCUAUUUUAAUGGCUUGAAUUUCAUAAUGAGUUCUGAAGACAUCGGUGCUUCAUUGUCCACCUGUACAAAAUUCAAGAGGCAAGACCAGCAGACUUUGUAACAAAGCUCAUUUUAAGGACACAUUAGAAGUUCAAACUAAAUUUAAUUUAUUGGCCAUUGGCGCAGCAACAUCUUAAAAAUUCAGGAGCACUAAAAUUAUCUUUAUACUAAUAAAGUAUUUGUGUUUUCAUUCGAGUGGAAUUAUGUCAAUGUUAUUUUUACUGUGAAGUUUCUAUAGAUCUGUUUGUUUAUUUAUUUAUUUGCAUGGAAUAGAAUUGGACUGAAUUAUAAUGUAAUAAAAUAGUUAUUGUUAUUGUAAACAAUAUUAAUGUGUUUUAAACAAGUUGCUGCAGCAACUCAGUGGGUUAGGCAAUAUCUGAGGAGGCAGUGGGAUGGUUUUUUAAUAUUCCCCGUCGUGACUUUCGUCUGCCAUGAGUUCUAAUGCAGGAUCUUGACCCAAAAUCUUGACGUUUACCUCCGCAGGUAUUGUUUGACUUGCUGAGUUCCUCCAGCAGUUUGUUCUUUUUGCUUCAGCAGUCUCUUGUAUCUCCUCUUAAUAUGUUUCACUUCAUUGUGACCAUAAUUAGAAUCGUUCUUCAAAAUGAUGGAACAAAUAAAGGCCUUAAUUGUGUAAAUCUUUUUGGGGAGCUUUUCAUAUCCAAUUGCAUUGGUGAAACAUAGGCAACUACAUUGACACUGGAUUAAAGUCUUAGAAAUCAUUACUGUAAUAUUAUGGAACCACUUUCACAGAGUCUGCAUCCGUAAGCCUAACACUGCCUUUGAAGUGCAACGAGAUGCCAGUAACAAAUGCAGAACUUGUUAACGAAGUUCAUAUUGAAAGCUAGCACACUACUUGGUGUAUAUAUACCCUCACCUGCUGUUGGAUAGAAUCCAGCUCUAGCUCACAGAUAGAAGAAUACUUGAAUGUUGCUCCAUGGUAAUGAUGGAAUUUCUGCUAUAUGGUGCUUGAGAGUAGUUGACUAUGUUUCCCAUUAACACUGAGUUCAUGAUUAUGAUUUGUGCUUUUGACUCAUUUGGAGAGAAUGUGUUAUAUUGGCAAGGCUAGCAUUUCUUAACCAAUCCCUAAUAAACUGAGUAGGCAGUGACAACUUUGAACCGCUACAAUCUUUCUAGUUAAGGUAUCCUCAAAGUUGUUUUUGAGUUGGGAGUUGCAGGCCUUAGACCCAAUUGAUUUGUUUAGGUUUAUUAUUGCCACAUAUACCGAGGUACAGUGAAAAGCUGUUUUGUAUGCUAUCCAAACAAGAUCAGAUAAUAUUGUACAUACAAUUUGCAAAUUUAAGUACAAUAGAUAAAAGGUAGAUAUUGAAAGAUCAAUGAUUAUAGCUCUGUUUGCAUUGCUCAUUAUUUAGGGCACAUAGAAAAUAUGGUAUGCCCAUGACCUUGCUACCCUUAUUCUCUAAGUAGGUUGUAGGUUUGAGAUGUGGUCAGAAAUUUGGCAAGUUGAUGAACAGCGUCCAGGAAAUGUUUCAUAUGCAAUCAUGUUACAUUGGGGAUGGAGAGUUGGAAUGAUCCAUUAUGUCCCAAAUGAGCAGUGAUUGAUUUGACUCUCUAUAAUCUUUGCAGUGAAAAUAUUCUCAAAAUACUCAGCAGGCUGCCUCUGGUCCUGGCUAAAAUCAAACAUGACAUUCAACCACAGCACACACCCAAGCACUUGCAAUCCCUGUUAUCCAACAAU